UUAGAUAAGGCGCUAUUCUUAGGGGCUUCACAUGUUCUUGGCCAUGGCCGCGCCCGGCUGCGUUGAAAAUUUGUGGGUCUCGAGCUGUGGAUGCUUCGCGGAGUGCCUGAUUUCCCUCCCCAGUCUAAUCGCCGCUCAUCGUCUCAUCAUAGGAUAGGGGAAGAAGCGCUAGAUCGAAGAUAACUCCACUUACGAUUAGCUAGAUCGUCGCGCGAAUCGAUCGAAGGAGUUUGAUUCAUGGCCAAGACGGAGUCAUCGCUCAAGCACUCGAAUCUGAGCUACAUGCUGCGCGACCACAAGAAGAAGAUGCUGUCCUCGCGGGAGAAGAUGUUCCUGGGCUGCGAUGCCGAGGCCAAUGCCGGCGCGGAGGUGGAUUUGAGCGAGCUGGAGGAGCACGACAUCUGGGCCGCCAUGGAGAACCAUCUCAGCGAUCUCGAUCUCCACCACCACCAGGAGGAUCAUCGCGAAGAUCUGGAGGAGAACUAUCAUCGAGGAGGCUAUGGAUUGGCGUCGUCGCUGAGCAGCAAAGCCACCCCGCAGAACAUCGUCUCCGCCACCGAAUUCCACGGGCGGAGCUCCGGGAAGUCGCUGCUCCGCCAGCAAUCGGCGCCCAUGAACGUCCCCGACUGGUCCAAGAUCUUGGGAAGCAGCGCCACCAAAUCCUCGGCCCGGCAGAGCGUUUUCCGCGAGGACGACGGAUCCGACGACUCGGAGGACGAGUGGUCGCGGGAGGAUCAUCUUCCCCGGCGGCUGCCACCGCACGAGGUCGUGGCGCGGGAUUACGCGCGCAGCCAUAGCGUGGCCUUCUCGGUUUGCGAAGGCGCGGGUCACACUCUCAAGGGGAGGGAUUUGAGCAGAGUUCGCAAUGCUGUUCUCAAGCAAACGGGCUUCCUGUGAAGAACAUACACACACGUCCAGUUCUCUGAGGAUAGCAAUGGUUCAUGUGAUAGAUCGAUUUGGAGAGAUCGCGUGUCAAAGGUUUGUGGGUUCCUUGGAAGUUCCUCUCUUGGUCUUUCGUUUUUUUCCUUUCUGGGUCCUUUCGAUCGAUCGAUCCAUAGCUUCUCCUAUCUGUGAUUUGGCCUGGCCUAGUCUUCUUCUAAGUGUACAUACUAUGUGGAGGUAACUUGCUAGAACUUUUAUGGCUUUGCGGAAGAACUUUUCAUCGCUGUUUCUCCCAUUUGCGUGUGAAACCGAAGAAGAAGUUUGUGAUUUGUAUAAAACAAUCUCUUUCUUGAGCUUCACUGACCAGUACGGACAGAGACCCUGUGCUGUACGGCAGCUCCAAAAGCUGGAGGAAAUAACUGACUAUGGAUCGCGCUGUUGCUUUGUGAGUGGCGAGUGGCAAUUUACAACAUGAAUACAUCCACAGAGGAAAAAGGCCUUUUGUAAGCAAUAAUUUAAAUAUUUUUAAACUACUGUUAUUUGUAUUG